AUCAUACUUAAAGUUAAUCAAUGCAGCUUAGUUAGGAUCAAGUACACGCUUUUAUUAUUGCAGAGAAAAUCGGUCUGAAUUAUAGAACUGUUGGUUUAAUAGGGCAGCAUGGGAUGUUGCAAUCCUGUAUUCCGGAGCCUUCUGGACAGUGGAUUCCAUAUGAUAGAUCUCAUACCUGUGUUACUUUUAGCUCCUCAGUAAUCAAUCCGUUUAUAAUUAAUCUUGCAGCAAGAUGAAUUUAUAUGAGGAUGUUUAAAGGCACCAUUCCCCAGAGUUAGUAAUAGAACAGUCAAAAUGUUCUGUUGUUGUGCUAUUAUGAGCCAUAGCCCAGAACCUAGACUUUAUAUACAACCCCUUUAUAAAAGCAUUUCAUUGCUUUGUAACAUUGUUUUGUGUUGGCUUGAUAACCGAGUAGCAGUGGCUUGAGAGUUUGAGAGUGUAGACACCUCUCCCUCCCUGUGGCAGGGCCUGGGGAUGUGAAACAGCCUGAAGAGCCUGAAUUUGGGGCGGUUAGAAAUGAAAUUGGAGCUUUGCCCUCUGGAAUAGGCUGAGUUAGGGUUGCCACCUUUUCUGGAAAAAAAUACCGGCCUUCCUAUAUAUUUAUCUUUUUUCCCUAUUAAUAUCAUUGGGAUCAGCCAUCAUUUUUAAAAAUACCGGCCAGGUGGCAACCCUUGGCUGAAUCAUGGUGAACCUGCUUUUGAUUAGUGAAAUCCUGGGGGUGGGAGAGCUCACAGCUCCUGGAUUGGAUGUUUGGGAGGAAGCACAGCAGCAGGCCCCAAAUUACUUUUCUGUGUGGCACAUCUGGAGUUGUCUGUGCUAGUGUUGGGAGAAGCUCCACUCAUAGCAGCUUUGCCUCUCUCUCUGUCUCUCCACAGAUCAUGUCCUUCAUUCAAGUGGAAGCAAAUUCAGAUUUUCCCAUUCAGAACCUCCUGUAUGGAGUGUUCUCAACACACAAUGAGCCCAGACAUCGAAUAGGAGUUGCAAUUGGUGACAAGAUCUUAGAUCUAAGUGUUAUCAGACAUUUAUUUACUGGGCCUUUUAUGUCUGGGAAACAAGAUGUUUUUAACCAGAUAAAAUUGUUUAUUGUUCCUGCAGUCCUCAACAACUUUAUGGCUCUGGGGCUCAAUGUGUGGAGAGAGGUGCGACAGUUUCUCCAGAGGCAGCUAUCAGCAUCAGAACCAGAACCCUUGGUAAGGGACAACAUAGAGUUGCGAUGCAAGGCAUUUGUACCAAAAGGUAAGGCAACACUUCAUCUUCCAGCAAAUAUCGGGGAUUACAGAGACUUUUACUCCUCCAGGGAUCAUGCUACUAAUGUAUGCAUUAUGUUCAGAGGGAAGGACAAUGCUCUGAUGCCAAAUCGGCUUCAGCUUCCAGUGGGAUAUCAUGGGCGUGCAUCCUUUGUGGUGGCGUCAGGAACUCCAGGGAUGCUGGAUUUGGUUCUGGAUUUGGCCAAGAGUUUGAAUCCAAGAGCCAAAAUAAUUGAAAAACUUCAGCUUCACACAUCGGGAAGUUUCAAGAAAGUUGCAGAAAAAGGGUUCGGAUUCGGGAUGUUGCUGAGCCCUGAAAAGCAGGCUCAUAAAAUAGAAGUAAUUGCACAGACAAUUGGCAUCUACGGUUUCCACCUGUUCGAUUUUGGACUGGACGGCUGCGUAUUGUCUGACCAGGCCCUCUACUAUCCGUCUGCCAUCCUGACUUCUAAACUGCAUGCUGGAGGCCUGGGUAAUAAUACCUAG